GUAUAGCGAGCGAAGACGUGUACGUGAAAAUCACAAACUCACGCUGGUGAAAGCAGUUUUAUGCAGUAACUUCUAGUGACGAAAGAAAGCUGAGAGGAUUUGUGCAGCAAAUUUUACCGCAAGAAAAUGGCACCAACAGUAACGAGUUUCUUGAGAUCGUUUAAUUCCAAGCUGGAGGAGCCCGUAAGACGACAUUUGAAGAAUGUGUAUGCUUGCUUGACAAUGGCUGCAGUAUCUGCUGGUGUGGGAGCAUACGUUCAUAUCUACACCGAGUUGCUUUCCGCCGGCCUGCUAACGUUGCUUGGAACACUGGGAUUUGGCAUAGCCCUCUUAGCUACACCUGACAAUGGCAAGAACACACAGCUACGAAUGGGAUACCUCUUGGGAUUUUCCUUCUUUGCAGGUGUGGGAAUGGGCCCACUUCUUGAUGCAGUGAUUGAUGUUAAUCCAAGUAUUGUUGUGACGGCUUUGCUUGGUACCGCAGUGAUCUUCGGCUCAUUCAGUCUGUCAGCCAUCUUCGCUGAAAGAGGAAGAUGGUUGUAUCUGGGUGGCACCCUAAUGACUCUUUUGAGCAGUUUGCUGUUGCUGUCACUGGCAAACUUGUUCGUUGGGUCAUAUCUGAUAUUCCAGGUUCACUUGUAUUUGGGUUUGCUGGUAAUGUGCGGUUUCGUUCUGUAUGACACCCAACUGAUCAUCGAGAAACGCAGGAAUGGUGAUAAAGAUUUUGUUGCCCACUCAUUGACCCUCUUCGUUGAUUUCGUCAGCAUUUUCAAACGUCUUAUGAUCAUCCUCACUGAAAAGGAGCGACAGAAGUCUAAGCGCCGAGACUGAUCUUCCUGCAGUUAAAUUUACUGUUUCCAGAAAAUUAAAAUUACUACUAAGUUUCCUUGUAUUCUGUAAACCACGAUAAAAAUUACAUGUAUGUAAUGUGAAUGUGAAACAAAAUAUGUGGGAUAUGUAUAACUCUCAUAUUAUACUACAAUUAAGAGAUUUCAGGCCAGUGUGUUUAAUAAUUAGUUUCUUUUUAGUUGGCCUUACCAUUAGAGAAAA